AUGAAUUUCCGCAACUGGGCCAGACCCCGUGGUUUUUCCUUUUACGGGUUUUCCACUUCGACCUAUCCAGAAAAAUUGCCGGCUCACGAAUGUGGUUCUGAUCCCUCUGGUGAUGUCAGAAGUCGUUUCGAUAUACUAAUUUAUUAUGUUUCUAUUUUCUUUAUUGUCCCUGAUUCGGAAGUCACAUUUUCUUCAGUACCUCCCAACAAGAUUGAUCCGGUUGGAUCUUGGUUCGUGAUGGUCUUUUUCUUGAUUUUGACGAUCAGAUCUCUCUAUGAAUGGAAAAGGGGUGCUUUGGAUCGGGAGUAAGCACUAGUGAUAGGGCAAAGGGGGAAAGGACAAAGGAAAGAGGGAUGCCUACUUUCAAUCAAUUGAUUCACCAUGAUAGUGAAGAAAAACGGU